GAUCAUUUUUUUAUCGCGAACCCUUCUCCCAACUCCUCAUCUCAUGCGGCCUUCUCCAUCCAACUCCUCUCCGGCCUCCAGAUCCGGGGCGUCAACAAGGCUGUGUACUCCUGGAGAAAUUGAUCGUCGGGGUUUCCGCGGAAGCAAUUUGGAGUCAACUAGAGUGAAAUACGAUUUUUUUUCUCAUACCCGCACGAAGCCACUGCCUUGGGCGAUCUCAGUAGCGGCCAGGGAGUUAGGUUUGGCAGCUCGAGGAGGGAGGGUAGAGAUGGGAGAGGUGGCGGCGAGUGGGCGGCGGAGGAUGGUCGGUGAGCUCGGGAGGGACGUGCAGUGGCUCAGGGAGGGAAGGUGGUGGGAUUGAGAAGCAAGGCGAGCCUCAGGGUGGCACGGACGAGCUUCAGAGGGCAGUGUGCAGCAGAGGCCUUUUUCCUCCUUCCAUUCUUUCCCUAUUUUCAUCCGAAUACACAACUUUCUCCCUCUUUUUUCCUCUCCCUCCCUCUCCCUUCCCUCCUUUCUCUCCUCCCCUCAUUUCUCUUCUUCCCCUUCUCUUCCUUUCUCCCUGAAUGCACACUGUGUAAGCAACACUAAGUUCAUCACGGUCCUGAUAUUUUGUUUGUUAAAAUUAGAAAAUUGAAUAGACAAAUUAUCUCUCUGUUUUCAGCCUUUACAAUUGUUUCUUUGAUGAAUCAAUAUAAUUUGGCUUACUUCUUUUUCCAUCUUCUAGAUACUGAAAAUGGAAAAGGAUUCAAGUUUCUCACGAGGAAGUGAAAUGUCUCUACUGGAGCAAUUUGAAGGUAUAUUGGAAGGAGAUAAACUCAUUGAUGAAAUAGGUUUCUUGGGCCCAUCUCAGUUUGCUUCACUAGAUCAGGAUUUAAGUGGUUCUUCUCUUGACCAGUGCACUCCUAUUCAGUUGGUUGAUGUUAGUCUAGAGACUAAUAUAGCAGAGUUGAAUACAGUUCAAUAUGACAAAAAAAAUUUCUGGAACAGAAAUAAUAAACUGGCAAUCUCCACUGAUGUGCUAUCUCAUUUGUACAUUGCUGCUCGCAUGCAUAUAUGUACGCAUCUAGAAGAUAUAAACCAUCUAUCAACUUAACACUGAACAAAGGUGCCUUUUGCAAUGCAUCUGCUCAGGAAAACUCUGAUCACCUUCUUGAAGAUGAAAUUCUAAAACACACGAAGGCCUUACUGAUUUUAAGCUGCAACUUCAGCAGUGCUUGGAAUGACAGCUGCGCAGAUCAUACUAGGCUUUAGUGGCCUAUGGCGCCUUGUAGUAAGAUUACUGAGUCCUCUUUCGGCUGCACCACUGGUUGCUCUGGUUGGCUUUGGCCUCUACCAACAUGGAUUUCCUGCAGUUGCAAAAUGUAUAGAAAUUGGACUUCCGCAGCUAAGACUGCUCAUAAUACUUUCACAGUAUAUUCCACAUGCAAUGCAAUCAAGGAAGCAUGUUGUCGAACUGUUUGCACUCAUAAUCUCGGUUGGAAUUGUAUGGCUUUUUGCCUUGAUCCUCACUGUGGGAGGUGCAUAUAGACAUGCACCUAGAAGAACUCAACUUCACUGUCGUACUGACCGGUCUGGGCUCAUCGGAGCAUCUCCAUGGAUAAGAAUCCCCUACCCUUUUCAAUGGGGGACUCCAACUUUUGAUGCUGGUGAAGCUUUUGCCAUGAUGGUUGCUUCAUUUGUUGCUCUUGUAGAGUCGACUGGAGGUUUUAUAGCUGUUUCAAGGCUUGCAAGUGCCACACAAGUGCCACCAUCAGUUUUAAGUCGAGGUGUUGGAUGGCAGGGAAUUGGAGUUUUGCUGGAUGGGAUAUUUGGAACAGUAAACGGAUCAGUACACUAGGGAAUUGGAGUUUGUAUUUGUUUACUACUAGGGAAUUGGAGUUUUGCUGGAUGGACUUGAAACAUAUUAUUGCUAUUUUUGUAGGUGGAUACAGGACAGUCGAGAUCAGUACACUAAGGAGCGUCUGGAUUCAGUAAUUGAUCAGUACACUAAGCGUCUGGAUUCAGUAACUACUGUACUAUUUUGAGUAAAUAGAUUGUUGGCUACUUUAGUAUUCAGUAUUCAGUAAACUGAUUGUUGGCUAAACAGAUUGUAGCUGUUUAAAACAAAUUUGUUGUGCUCUUUUAUUUUAUAUGUGAAUAUCACUAUAUACUUUGAAAUA